UGUGAUUUUUUUGCGUGCCAACACAGUUUCCUGACGAAAUUUAAAUUAAAUUAAAUUUAAAUCAGUUUCGACCGAUGAUUACAGUGACCUCCAGUGGUCGAUCCGUUUCUGACAGAAAAAUAAUAAAAUGAAAUGAUGGAUAGUAAGGAAUUGAUCGACAUAGAUGGAAGCGUUCUAGAAGGGGGCGGACAAAUUUUACGAAUGGCUUUAUGUUAUAGUGUACUUAUGCAGACACCGGUGCGGAUUCGUAAUAUCAGAAAAGGGCGUCAGAAAGGCGGUCUUGCGGCACAGCAUCUAGCUGGAGUAGAGUUACUUCGUGACAUGUGUCAAGGGAGAAGCGUUGGAGCGUUUUUGGGAUCAACCGAUAUCGAGUUCUAUCCCAAUCGCGUUGUACAAGGACGAUUUGUUGGGCACAUACAAACAGCAGGAAGUAUUUCACUUUUGUUGCAAGCGGCGUUACCUAUCGCCAUCUUCGGUUCAGGGCCCAUUAUGCUCGAUUUGCGAGGUGGAACAAACGCGGAAAUGGCUCCUCAAAUUGACUUUUUAACAGAAAUAUUUCGCCCAAAUAUGGAACGCUUCGGCGCGACUUUCGAUUUCGAUCUUAUACGACGAGGUUACUUCCCGAAAGGUGGGGGACAUUGUAAUGUUAGUAUAAACCCUGUCCACUCGCUGAAACCUAUUCAGCUGACCGAUGUAGGCACGGUGAAAUUCUGCUAUGGAUGGAGCUACGUAGCUGGUGCACUUCCGAUAAAGAUUGCUUACGACAUGUCUAGCGGUGCUAAAUCAGUUCUGAACAAAAUUUGCCCGAAUAAAGUUGACAUUGAAGUUUACAAGGAAAGCAUACGCAUGGCACCUGAAGGAGAUUGUUCCGGAAUAAUAUUGGGCUGUGAAACCACUACUGGUGUUCUCCUUGGCGGCUCAGCUCUUGGCGGCAGAGGGAAACAAAGUAAUCAAUGCGGCAGUGCGGCAGCCCAAGAAAUUGAAAGCGCCAUACUUGCCGGAGCGUGUGUCGAUCGAUACGUGCAAGAUAUGAUGAUUAUUUUAAUGGCUCUGGCAGACGGUCGAAGUAGAAUUCGAACGGAAUUGCUGACUACACACACAAAAACGGCAGUCUACAUAACGGAGCGGUUGACAAAGGUAAAAUUCAACAUCAUAGAAGUGAAUAGUCAAAACGUGAUUAUUGAGUGUGAUGGUAUUGGUAUGCAAAAUCAGAACAUAUAGGCAAAUAAAGUUUCCAAAUAAACUUUCACUUGAC